AUGAAGCAUUAUAGUAUUCUAAUUUAUAUUAUUUAGAACCGAUUUAAUAACAAAUAGAAACGAGAAAGUUUGGAAUACUUAAAUCAUAUACACUUAACUUAUUAUUUGUAAAAUAAGCCUUCCUAAAAAAAUGAUCCAUAUGAUAUCAUGAAUUUAGAUGAAUAAACAAAAGAGUAUUUAACAUCAGGUUUUAAAAGCUACGUUUGUUGUUUAACAAAAACCAAAAAUGUGUUUAUUCCAAUUGAAAGCACUCAAGAAAUUACUUUAUUUAGAUAUGAAAAAAUUUGGAAAAUCUUAAAUGACCAAAAUUAUGCUCUUUACAAAAGAAUUGCAAAAUUCUACUUCAAAAAUUACUAAUAGCUAUCAUCUACUUUUGAGAAGCAAAUAAUAUGUUCGGUACAUCGUUUACCCUCGAGAAAACAAUCGAAGAAAAGCAAAAGAAAUAUAUUUCAUAAAAUCAGAUUUAGCAAAUAAGAAAAUGAAGGUAGAAAUUCAAGAACAUUUUAAGAUGGAUUUCAAACUGACAAAGAGCCUUACAUAGGUAAUUCAAUUGGUAUGGAAUCUUAAGGCGAAAUCUUAAAUCAUCUUAAAAACAUUGUACUAACCUCAUCAAAAACAAGGGAAUAAAAAAUUAGAGAAAGUUAAAUUAGAAAUGAACACGACAUGUUUUAAAGUCAAUUAGUCUUAUGUGGUAAAUCAAUGAAAUUCCCUUUUAACGAUAUAGAGAAGAAAAGAAUUUUUAGUAAUAUAUUUGAAAAUAAAGAUCAAACUAGUAAUGCCUCUAAAGACAAAUCUGUUGAAUAAAUUUCACUUUCCUUAACGAAAACUCUGAAAUUCUAAAAAUUAGGUUUAAGCAAUAAAUACCACCUGAUAAAAAUCUAAUAAAACUUUAGUCAGCUUAAAUUGCAAAAAUUAUAGAUAUAAAAUUGA